AUGGAUAGUCUAGUACCCCCGUACAAUAAAUUGAAUUUUGACAUUUCAAGACCUGAUAUAAGUGGAAAUACACUCCACUAUACAUUUUUUCAGUAUCCGGAUUCAUCCAUUUCCAAAUUGCGCAACGUUUUCGCCCAUAAUCCUCAACAAAAUUUCACCAAUCAGCCAUUUUAUCCCCCAAAACACAACGACACUCCGCACACUGAACAAAAUGGAUCGCAAUUUAUCCAUUCCAAUAGCAAUACAUCUAAUAAUUUAGAAUCAAAUGAUGUGGAUAAUAAUGCUAGUGCCAGUGCAUGCGAUAAAAGAAGUUUCCCGCACGAUGAUCGUUAUUCAUCUUCAAAUUAUAACGAAUAUCCUGGAAUUCUUUCCUCAAUACAAGAUAUAGCAGAUCUAUUUGACCUGGAUAACUAUCACAUAUACCAUGGUAUAGAUAAUAUAUCGUAUCUCACAUAUUCCACUGACGCCAACAGGACAGGAAUUGACUCAAAACUUGAGUUCAUUUAUGAAGUGUUAAAUUCUAAUGGAUCAAAUAUGACUUUAUCAAAAUUGGAAGGGUUUUUGCGUAUUUUGACAACCGAUGACAAUCCCAUAGGUACGCUUACACCCUAUGGAUCUUUGAUGGCACACACUUGUUUGAGAUUCUUAAAAUCUUAUAUUAGAACGGAUAAUAAGGGUAAUUCUCAUGAUCCGGAUACUUUUAUCUACUCAAUUGAGGGGAAAAAAGGGAAAUCCAAGCUUAGUAAGCAAGGAAUAACAAAUGAAAACGAAACAACUACUGUUAGUUCUGAUUUCAGAAGAAUUGCCAUGUUCAAUUUUGAGCUCUACUCAAAACAGCUAAUGGAUACAAUACACUCACAAGACAAAUCAAUAGCUAUAAAUAAGCGAAAAUUCGAUGAUUUAACAUCUAACUAUACUAAAUCGGAAUCCGUUUCAAUUGACAGUAUGAGUGCUAUUAGUGAUUCAACUGACAAACGAGCAGUUUCAAGUCAGACACUUAAAAUCAUUAAACAAGGAUCGGCCUAUUUGCAGGACUUUAUCAGCAAAUAUCGCAUUGGGUUUGAACCACAUUUCCCCCGUAUAGUAUGUGGAAGCAUCGAUCGUUCAUUAGUGACUAAUCAAGCAUCGAUAACGGUCCCUAUUGACAAAUCAGGUAGAAGUGUACAUAUCGCAUUUGAGGCCUUAAGUGAUAGUUAUGGUAUGAGUGUCUGGCCUGAGCUUAAUCAGCUGCCAAAUAGCUUGCAAUUGGGCACUAAAAUUCAGAUUGCCUGGCAUAAGACGCCUGGCAAUAUGCGUUGGUAUAUUGGUACUAUUGUCCAGUCCACGGCAUCACAAUAUUCUGUACAGGUUUACCUAGGUAAAAAUGAGUACAAAACUCGGUAUUGUACGAUGAAGUAUUUUGUCCCCCCAAAUGUACCUGUGGUUAAACCAGAUAAUACUUGGUGGCGACUCGUACCACGGGAGAUAAAUUUAUCAACUGAUUUAUAUGUUGGUUCAUGCGUAUCUUUGUACGAUAUAAUUUCAAAUUUUGAGUCUAUUGAUUGUGUUAUUUGCAACGUUUACUAUAGUAAUGAUAAUUCCCCAAAUGGACCUAUUAAAGGACCCAAUGAGGAGAUAUACAAGAGUGAUAAGAGCUCAUCUGGGUUUAAAAUACAAUUAAAUUGCGCAUGCCAUGGACCCACCCGACGGAUUAGACAGGGCGUACUGACCACCGGAGUGGUUAGGGUACAUAUUUACUGUAUGUCUCACAAGAUUGACAAGAUUAUACCAAUUGACUCCAUUAGGGGAUACAAGUUAAACUACGAUUUGCAUGCUCAUUUUGAUGGUCAACCUGACUAUGGACCACUCAUGCAAUCCACAACUUGGACUUGGGUAAUACCGAGACUUGUGAUAGCCCCAGAUAACAAGUAUGAUGAUGAAAAGUAUUGGACAUCCAACCCGAAAUACUCUUUAUUGAUAUUUCCCUAUCAUCGUAAUAUGGAAUACAUCAUAUCUGCCACCAAACUAAUUGCAAUUUUACACCCAGAAUUAAAUGUAACAUCACUGUACAAUAAUGGAGAAUGGUUUGUUAGGCAGGAAGGUGAUAUUGCUAUUAAGGGUUAUGGUGGACUUAGACCUUCUGGUCUAUCUUUUUCUAAAAUUCCUUUGCUAGACCGCCUAUUUGGUUGUCAUCGCAUAAAGGUCUUCUACAAUGUACCCAUUGAUGUUAAUAAGAAGGUUGAAGAUUUUAAGAAUGAUUACACUAUUUCUAGAUGUGCAAAUUGUCGUGGUAUUUACUACACGGAUAUAUCACAUGCAAGUAAUGGCAAAACAUAUAUAUCUUCUGAUGUUGAAUACCGAAAGAAAAUUCAAAUCGCAGCCGCUAUUAGAUGGAAACGAGUGAGGGAAUCUUCAAACACAAUUUUGAAUUGCUAUAAUGAAAAUGAUGAGUUGGUAUACAGGACUAAAAAUUCCUUUAGUUUAUCUUGGGAACAAGAUGGGAGGAAUCUAGAAUUGGCCUAUAGGCGAGCCCAUGCUCCUGGUAUAUCUAAGUUUGAAUCCAAACGUUUAGAUUCAUUGAUGAAAUCAAAUAAACAGGUUUCCAAUGUUCCAGAAAAUAUGUGCACUGAAGGACUGUUGGAGAAAUUUAAUGAAUCGAUGAAAUUUAGUGAAUCUGUGAAAUCUACAGAUUCGAAAAAUGCCGCUAAACUGCUUGAAGUUGCUAUUUUGGGAGGCUGGAUGAACGAUAGUACCAAGACUGAGAGUAUUAAUACUAAUAAAGGGGAUAAUAUUUUCAGGUAUAUAAACAAGAGCAUUCAAGCCAAAGCAGCCCAGGAUGCCUUAGAUUUUCUUAAAAAUUGCUCUCCUCCUUGCCUUUCAAAACAAGUGGGUAAACACUAUACGCCAAUAAAUGGUAAACAAUCCAUGUUCAAACAAGGUGGUAUGUCAGAUUAUCAAGAUUCUAUUCCACACCUUGACAUCGGUAAUCCAAUGAUUUCAGAUUAUAAUAGCAAGAAGGUCAAGCUACAAUCAGUUAGUGGCGAUCAGAGAGGGCUUAAUAUUUACGAAAAUCCAUGCAUCGCUACAGUGCAUGAUCCUAGCGUUAAUUAUAAUUCCCUACGUAAUUUUUUGGCAAAGGCUGAAUGGGAUGAAGAAAUAGAAGAUGCGCCUAGUCACGGGGUGCUUGAUUUUACCAUUAAAUCUGAAGAGCCUGUCCAUAAUGAAGCUGGUGAAGAUUGUAUUUAUGCCGUGCCAAUCAACGACUCAGUCAACAUCAUAUGGUCCGAUACGGAAGAUGCGAAAUAA